AUCUUGUUACUGCAGAAGAAUCGCUCAACUUUGGAUCUUUCGCAUGAACCAUCUGAAACAAAUACACGCCCACGCACUAAGAAAUGGCACAAACUUCACCAAUCACCUGAUCACCAAGCUACUGGAAAUCCCCAACAUAAACUACGCCCACAAACUGCUCGACAAAACGCCUGACCCAACUCUCUUCCUCUACAGCAAACUCAUCAAAGCCUAUUCUUCUCAUGGCCCUCAUUUCCAGUGCUUCUCUCUUUACUCCCAAAUUCUUCACCUCUCCUUCUCCCCUAAUCCCAAUUGCUUCACCUUCCUCUUCUCUGCUUGUGCUAAACUAUCCAAUCCCUCACAAGGCCAAAUGCUCCAUGCCCAUUUUAUCAAAUUCGGACUUGAUUAUGAUGUUUACGCAUUAACUGCGUUGGUUGACAUGUAUGCUAAAAUGGGACUAUUGCGUUUCUCGAGAAAAAUAUUUGACGAGAUGAAUGACAAAGAUGCCCCCACUUGGAAUUCUUUAAUCGCGGGGUAUGCAAGAAACGGGGAUAUGAGUGAAGCGUUGCGUUUAUUCUCGAACAUGCCUUCGAGAAAUGUGAUUUCUUGGACUGCUAUAAUAUCAGGGUUUUCGCAGAAUGGGAAAUACAAAGAGGCUUUGGAGAUGUAUUUGGCGAUGGAGAGAGAUGGAAAAGUUAAGCCUAACCACGUGACGUUAGCUAGUGUUCUUCCAGCUUGUGCGAAUCUUGGUGCUUUGGAGGUUGGGCAGAGGAUUGAAGCUUAUGCUCGAGCCAAUGGCUAUUUCAAGAAUGCGUUUGUGUGCAAUGCGGUUCUUGAGCUUUAUGCAAGAUGUGGUGUGAUUGAGAAGGCAAUGCAGGUGUUCGAUGAAAUCGGUAGUGGGAAUAGAAAUUUGUGUUCUUGGAAUACGCUAAUCAUGGGCUUGGCGGUCCAUGGUAGAUGUGAUGGAGCUCUCGAGAUAUUCAACCAAAUGCUGACGAAAGGAGUAACACCAGAUGAUGUCACCUUUGUGGGGGCGAUUCUUGCAUGCACGCAUGGAGGCAUGGUCAACAAAGGCCGAGAAAUCUUCGAUUCUAUGGAGAAAAGAUUUUCGAUUACUCCAAAGAUCGAACACUACGGAUGCAUGGUUGAUCUUUUAGGGCGUGCUGGAUUAUUACAAGAAGCUUAUAAACUUAUAAAAGCCAUGCCUAUGAAACCUGAUUCGGUUGUGUGGGGAACUUUGCUAGGGGCAUGUAGUUUUCAUGGUAACGUGGAAUUGGGCGAGAAAGCUGCAGAGUCGCUCUUUGUGUUGGAGCCGUUAAAUCCAGGUAAUUAUGUAAUUUUGUCAAAUAUUUACGCACGAGCUGGCAGAUGGAACGGAGUUGCUAAGCUAAGGAAAUUGAUGAAAGGGUCAAAUGUAGUUAAAGGAGCAGGGCAUAGUUUUAUCGAAGAAGGAGGGUUGAUACAUAAGUUUAUUGUCGAAGAUAAGAGCCAUGAAAGGUGUGACGAUAUUUUCACAGCGUUGGAUUGUGUUACAGCUGAAAUGAAAUUUGACGGAAAUGCGAUUGGUUUCGAUUCGAUCGUUGACGAAAUCAGAUUUUCGGAACCAUAUUCUUGAUUGUAUUAAUUAACAUCCAAAUCAUCAAAAUGCAGCUGAUUCUGUUUUUUUUCCUUUGAUCAUCAGUACUAUUGAAUUCUGGUAUAGCCUU